UGGACCAAUCACAAGAGACCACAGCUCAAAUCAAUCACGAGCAUAGGUGCCAGAUCCAAAUGGCGCCAAAUUACCACCCAUCACGAACCAAUCCGAAUAUAAUAUCCACGUGUCGGUAUUCGUUGGCCUAUCUCUUGUUUAGUUGUAGUUGUAGGAAAAUGGAGGCGGAUAGCCCACAGCCCUCAGGAGCCUCCAAAGUCGACCUCCCGAACGAUCCAGGGAAGAUGUUCGUCGGAGGCUUGAGUUGGGAAACUACCGCAGAGGGACUGCAGACGUACUUCAGCAAGUAUGGUGACUUGAAGGAGUGCUUAGUUAUGAGGGAUCCGAACACUAAACAAUCAAGGUAAAUGAUGAUAAGGCUGCUGAUGAAACACCUUUCC